AGGGUAUAACGUCUCUGGUGUUACAUUUUUUCUUUUGGGUUAGCGGGGAAGCAGCGCCGUGGUACCAAUGAAGUGCCAAUGGGUGGGGCUAUGGAAAUAAGUGUUAUAUGAUGUUUAUGUUGCGCAAGUCACCAGAUCUUACCUGUCCAGUGGUAAUGUGUUACUUCGGCCCUUUGUGGAGAAAGAAAGUCGAUCGUCUUCACUUGUCAAAGAUGAUGCUGUUUUAGUAUUCUGCAAGGAAUGAAUUUGUUGAGGGGUGUGAUACUUUUUGGAUGAAAGUGCAAGGAGACCAUUGAUUUAUUGCAAUUAUCAAGCAUUAUAAGGUAUUUUAGUUCAUUUUUAUGUGGCAUGGAGAUGACAUUGCUGAAAUAUUGAAUUAUACUACAACUUUGCAGAAAUAAGGUGCUUGAAAAGAGGCAUCAGGUACUGUCCUAUUGAACAUAAGUAGUGCGGGGGGAGUAGGGGAGCAGACUGAACAAAGGGGAGUAGAGCAUGGUGGUGUGUAAAGGUAAAAAACUGCCUCUGUGAACUGAGUAAUAGUGAUAUUUUAGGUGUUUGCAUGGCUUAAUGGCUCAGGAAAUCACCAAAUCUAAAGCUCUGCCAGUUUUAGUGAAACAUGGUACAUUAGUUAAGUAUUGAAUGUUGAUCCCUCAAAAUCAAUUUUUUUUUUUUUUUAAUGUUUAGAUAGGGAACAUAAUGUUUCCAUUCAUAAUUAGCAGUUUUUACUUUGAUGGUGUCAUAAUUUCCUUGACUUGCUCAUAUUAGUUUUGUGUUUAGUAACAAAGACAGCUUAGAAGUUAAAGAAAGUGGUGUUUAAUGACUGACAGGAGUUAAUGCUAUUAAACAGAAGAGGCUAUGCAAUGUGUUUACCUUAAUUUCAUUUUCAAUAAUUGGUGAACUGUCCAUAAUUUAAACUGCAUUGUGUUUAUCAAGUAAGAGCACUGGGUAAGCAUGCCAGAAGUGGUACAAAAAAUGGCUACGGUGUCACGAGAGAAGCAGCUGAAAGGGGACCCUGAGGCAUUGACAGUGGGUAAUUUCAACAGUUCACCAGUCACUUCUCGCCCUUCAUCACCUUCACUUUGGAGCCCCACUUAUACCCGACUGAUUGACAGAAUCCACCGCAGAAAAGUAUCUGGAGACAAAUUUUUUUCGCUUGAAUUUUUCCCUCCAAGAACAGCUAAUGGUGCUAUCAACCUUAUUUCAAGGUUUGAGCGAAUGAAUCGUGGCAAGCCUCUGUUUUGCGACAUGACAUGGCAUCCGUCUGGUGACCCAUGUAAUACAGACAAACCUACAAGCUCAACAUGCAUAGCUGGCACUAUGCUCAACUACUGUGGUAUUGAAACAAUGCUACAUAUGACUUGUGUUCAUCAGACACGUCAUCGGGUGAUUGAGAACCUUGGAAAGGCAAAGGAUCUAGGCAUUCGUAACAUACUAGCUCUUAGAGGAGAUCUGCCAGAGGGGAUGCAUCCUUGUCAAAAUAUUGAGGGUCAACUGAACUAUGCUGUGGAUCUGGUGCAGCUUAUCAAAGAAGAAUUUGGUGACUAUUUCGUUAUAGGUGUUGCAGGAUAUCCAUCUGGACAUCCAGAGUGCACAUCCUAUGCUGAUGAUCUUCAGCAUCUGAAGGCAAAAGUGGAUGCAGGUGCAGACUUCAUCAUUACUCAGCUUUUUUUCAAGGCAGAGUCCUUCCUCAAAUUUGUUAAGGACUGUAGAGCCAUUGGUAUCAACUGUCCUAUCCUUCCAGGAAUACUACCCAUACAAGCUUACCAGUCUCUUCGUCACAUUGUCAAACUUUCAAGACUUGAAGUGCCACAAGAAAUCAUUGAUGCCAUUAAUCCGAUCAAAGAGAAUGAUGAAGCCAUCAGAAACUUUGGUAUUGAUCAUGCUGUUCAGCUAUGCAAGACACUGUUGGAGGCUGGCGAUACAGAUCCAGAGACCACUGUACCAGGAAUACAUUUCUACACAUUAAAUCGUGAAGUGGCCACUGUUGAAAUCUUAAAGAAACUGGGUUUGUGGGCAGAGGAUGUACUUAGACCAUUGCCAUGGAAACUUACUGCGAAUGCUGCUAGGUGCAAAGAGGAGGUUCGACCAAUAUUCUGGCGUAGUCGUCCUAACAGUUAUGUCUUCCGAACCUCUGACUGGGAUGAAUUUCCUAAUGGAAGAUGGGGUAACUCCUCUUCACCUUCCUUCAAUGAGCUGAAAACCUACCAUCUGUUCUACCUUGCAUCUCGUUCACCUAAGGAGGAGUUGCUAGACAUGUGGGGACAUGAACUAAAUGAUGAAAAGGAUGUGUGGAAUGUCUUCUACUGCUAUCUGACAGGCAAACCUAACAAAAAAGGAAUCAAGGUCACCAGAAUGCCGUGGGAUGACAGUGAGCUCAUAGCAGAGACCAUGUUGAUUGCAGAGAAGCUGGCUUGCAUCAACUGUCGUGGUGUACUUACAAUUAAUUCUCAGCCUCGCAUCAAUUGUGCUCCAUCUGAGGAUCCAAGUGUUGGUUGGGGAAUACCACAUGGCUAUAUCUUCCAAAAAGCUUAUUUGGAGUUUUUCACAUCAAGAGAAAAUGUAGAAGCACUGAAGACCAUUCUGCCAAGCUAUCCUCUGGUCAACUAUCAUAUAGUGGACCACAACGGAGAGGCAGAUUACACCAACUGUGAUGAGUCCCAGCCAAUUGCUGUCACAUGGGGAGUCUUUCCUGGUAAAGAAAUUAUCCAGCCCACAGUUGUGGAUCCUGUGUCUUUCAAAUCAUGGAAGGAUGAAGCAUUUGCCCUGUGGCUUGAGAGCUGGGGCAGUCUGUAUGAAGUUGGGUAGUCACACGAAGUUAUUGAGGCAAUCCAUGACAAUUAUUACCUUGUGAAUCUUGUUGACAAUGAAUUCCCAAAGGAGACAUGCCUAUGGGAACUGGUGGACAAGAUGCUGACACUUGCUGCAAGUAUUGCAGGAUCCAAGAGCAAUUCAACUUCAGAAUUGGCAUUUUCAGAAUCUCCUCAGAGUUGAAAUAUGAAUGCUUCCUAUUGGCUAGCUGUACUUUAUAGUCUUAGACAGCUGAGGGUUCACCAUGCUGUGUUAAAGUUGUUUUUCUUUACCAAAUAUUUCUCAGUUUACAAGCAGUGAAGAAUUAAAAAAGCAUCAAAGGAUUUGAACAUAAGACUUCCAGAUAAAAAAGGAAAAAUCUGAGAAAAAAUGCAAAAAUAAGUGCGAGAAUUAAAAACAAUGACAGAUGUAGACCAACAUAAAAUUGUGGGGAGGCUAAUACACCAAAGAGAAACAGUUUUGCCAAGGAGUGAUCAAAGCCUUUUAAAGCAUGUGAAUGGAAAUUUAUGCAUUCGUGCAUGUAUGUGUGGUGUGCAAGUUUCUUUAUUCUACCUGAAAAAAAUGGCAGUUUUUUGGCCAAUAUUUUGUUGCUUGGAUUUAGGCAAGCCAAACAAAAAUCAGCUACGGACUAUUUAUCUCAGAAAUUCAGUGUUUCAGUAUUUUUAAAAAAUGGCAGCAUGCAACAUUGAUGACAAUCUUAAUGUGUGGUUAAGAAAUAUGGAAAACCUGCUCAAGAUCCAAGUGCCUUGCACAUUUUCAGGUAAGAAAAUCUGUAACCUUUCAGAGAGAGAAAAUAGAGACAUAAUAGUAUUUUGCCUGCUGAAUGGGGAGAGAAGAGGUGUAAUUACAAACCAUAAACUUUCUAGGUAUUGACUAUUGCUAUUUAUUACUAAACAAGUAACACUGUAAUGUACAUACUCAAAAUGUUUCCUACUGAAAAUGGGAGAAGAAAUAGGAAAGAGACCUGAAUAGUUUUGUUUAUGUAUAGUUGCAAAGAUUUAUGAACAUACAAAAACCUUGUGAUGGGUGAUUUAAAUUUUAUUUAAAUGUUUGGUGUGCAAAAAGGUGGGCCAUCUUGAUGAAUGCAAUCUUUCUUUACAAGUUUUGUAAAGCUGAAACUGGCUGGAGUACUGUGAUCCAUUUUGUUGCAAAUAUGAGAAAUUGUCAGUAGAAAGUAAUGUGGGAGUACUGCAAUAAGUAUAAAUGUGAUGUCUGUAUACAUAAUGCUUUUUGACAGUUUGUUUUGUAGUUCAAAUCUUUGCUACAGGGCAGGAUAAAUACAUCAUGCUGCAAACCAAGUGAAUAAAUAUUUUUGGUUUUUGUACAUUCUUCAUGAUAAAGAAGUAGUAACAUCCAAGUUUGAACAACGUAUAAUAUUUUUACAAUUAAUUUGUUUUGGCCACUUAGCUACUACAUAUUUUUCUUUGCAAAUGUUGGUUUCGCUUAAUACGGACUCAUAUUUUUAAGGAGGUAAUUCAGGUAAUCGUAAUUCAUUUCCCUCUUCAGCUUUUUCUCCCCAUGUCCCACUAUUGAUGAGCUGACAAGCCACAAUGUGUUGCACAGUUUGCAUUUCUGAAAGUAAAUGGCUUCAGAUAGUCCCUGUACAAUUCUUAUCUGUUAAAUGGCAUAAAAUUUUGUGAAUCUUGCAAAAUGCAGUUGGAAUGACACAUGGCCUUAACUAAAUGUUCCUUUUGCAAUUGUAGCACAGUAUUUUCUGUUUAUACAGGAGACGAUUUCUUAUCAAAAUCUGCUUUCAUUACAAAAUCCAGUUAGCAAUUUAUACAUUUUUUUCAUGUUAACUUGGCUGUUCUGUUUAUAGCUGAUGGCAUAUUUUUGAAUUUGAUAAUACUCAUUGAAUACAAAUAUCUGCAGGUGGUAUGCAAGAUACUAUGCUAUAUUUAUGUUUUAUGGACAGUGCCUCAAUGAGGUCUUCAGAAGUCAGGAGAAAUAUGAUGCCUACUUAUACAUUAGAUUAAGAUAGUUAUACACACCAGAGCGAGUUACCGGUAAAAGAGAUUGAUCUUAUAUUUAAAAAGAAAAUUUGCUAGGGAUCUAAGAGCUGUGAUCUCAAAGUUAUGGUUGUGUUGGGAGAAACAAAAUUUGAACCAGGCUAGCCUUUAUACAGUAUUGUGCAUUUGGACUUCCAGUAUGAAAUAUUUUCUUCUUGUGAAAUAAUUUUAUCUACUUAGCAUUUUAAAUGCAUUUUUUUUUUUUUGGUCAAUUCAGAAACUGCAGACUUGUGAGAAAAAGAUAAACCAAAAUGUGAUUUUUAAAAGCAACUUAAGAUACAUGUAAUAAAGAUGCCAGGUUUCUUGUUUC